CCGACGUGUGCGGCUCGAGGUUUCGUAUUUAAGCCGCCGCCAACGACUACCAAAUGCGUUCAUUUCCGGUUUUGCCAGAAACCCGAGGGCACGGAGACAAGCAGCCGCCACCUCAGCGCCACACAAAGACCCCAAACUAAGGCGCCGGGGCGCCCCCCCACCUUCCUCUUAUGGCCAUCGGCGACCCCCUUCUUCUUCUCCUCUGUGGCUGCUCGCCUGCCCUCCCCCACCCCGCGUCUCAAAGCGCAAUGCAUUGUGGGGGAAGUCGUUGCCAUUCGACCUCUGCGGGGCCUGCGCGGACGCCGAGAGGAGAGCCCUGAAGUCGAUUAUGCGUUUUAAAUUUUUAUUUAUUUCCGCAUAAUCUACGGAGAAGCACCGGGAGGAGAAGGGGAGAGGAGUCGUGUCGAGGUGUAGCGAUUCCGUUUGGGAGCGUAGUUAUUUAUUAGACAGUGGGGGGGUGUAUAUAGAGAUCGUUCUGCAUUGUAAUUUAUUAAGAAAUGUCCGGAGAAAGAAACCGCAGGUCGCUGGCUUUCCGAGGCGGUGGAUUAGCCGUGUCCGGCACUGGGGGUGCCGGUGGCGGCAACAGCAGCGGCGGCGGGAGCGGCAGCGGAGAGGCCCGGGCCUGGCAGGAGAGACACAUAAACGGCAGCAGGCCCGAGCAGGACGAGGAAAGGGAACUGGAGGAAAAGGCGACGGCCCUGGGGGGAGUAGAGGACGGGGGGUCGAUCAGCGACAGUACGGGGCCUGACGGGGAGGAGGAAGAAGACGCGGAAGGGGGAAGCUGGGUCACCGGGAACGGACUGGAUAUCGGGGUAGUCAAAGUCGGCGGAGAAGGUGGCGAAGACGACCAAGGAAGCACUUGGGGUGUAGGCAACGGCCUGGAAGAUGGGGAAGCGAUCGGAGGUGGUGGCGGUGGUGGUAGUGCCGGCGGUGGUGGUGGCAAUCUUUCCGAAGACGACCGACGGGAAGGGACUAGCGGGGUGGACGGUGAGGAAACGGGGGGCCGAAAGCUAGGCGUAGAGAUGAGACCGCAGACCCUUCUCCAGAAGCAUUGUCUGUUCCAGGGUUCUUGGCUCCAGGAAUUCCCUUGGUUAAAUUUUUGUCAGGAGACCGGACUGAUGUCCUGCACUUGGUGCCACGGCAUUGGAAACAAUUACAACGAUGAGUUGACCAAAGGAAGCCGGAAUUACAAAAGGGCCCUGCUCCUGCGACAUCACUUAUCUACCGAGCACAGGAAGAACGACCCUAUGAAACAGGAUUCUGAAAGACCAGGGGAAUCAGUUGGCGAAGAAUUUGAGGAUUACAGAACCAAGCCAAAUGAAAAUUCUUAUUGCUACCAACUACUUCAGGAACUGAAUGAACAGAGAAAAAAGGGUAUUCUUUGUGAUGUUAACAUUGUUGUCAGUGGGCAAGUGUUUAGAGCUCACAAAAACAUCCUGGUUGCAGGCAGCCGCUUCUUUAAAACACUCUAUUGCUUAACAAAAAAUGAGAGCUGUGACCAAACCACGAUCACCCACUUAGAUGUUGCUGCUGUUCAGGGCUUUUCGGUUAUCUUAGACUUUCUAUAUUCUGGCAAUCUUCUUCUCACAAGCCAAAAUGCCAUUGAGGUGAUGUCCGUAGCCAGCUACCUCCAAAUGACUGAAGUUGUCCAAUCUUGCCGCGCUUUCAUUAAGGAUGCUUUGAAUAUCAGUACCAAGUCUGAAGCUCCUGAUUCUGUAGUAGUGGAUUAUAACCGACGGAGAGCAAUCAACAAAGAUUCGAAAGGAUCAGAAAAGAAACCUACCAAUUUUUGGGCAACAAGCAUACUCUCCAAAUUGUCCAUCAAAGCAAGCACCCAUGUCAAGGAGGAGCCAAGUGACAUAGAAGGAUCCCUUAAUGAAAAUUAUCAGCUCAGUAAUUCUGGAUGGGGAUAUGACAACUCUUCAGAGUCCACAGAGAAUGAACCUCAAGGGCAUGGGACAGUAUUCGUCUGGAAUGAAACGGCCACCCAACAACUGAAGAAUAUUAAGCAAGAGCCUGGCAGUGGCAGGAGGAAAAAUCAGACAACCAGGCGGUUUGUGUAUAAUAUCCCACCAGAACCAGAGGAAGGUUUUGAGGAAGGCAUGCUUGUACAACCAUCUGCAUCGUACUCCAAAGAUGACCUACAGUUCUUUUCAGAGAAUGCAGAGUUAGCAAACCAGAUCCAGUACAGCUUGUUGCAAGAAACACAACCUAGGGAACCAUGGGAAAAUGCUAUUACAGAACCUCGUCAGGCUGGAAGAAAUACUUUUACAGGUGAAUCAACGGCAUCCGCUGUGAACAAGCUGAAAUGUCCCCAUUGUAACUACAUCGCCAAACACAGACGAACACUAAAGAGGCAUUUGAUCAUACAUUCAGGGGUGCGUUCAUUCAGCUGUGACAUUUGUGGGAAACUUUUCACAAGAAGAGAGCACGUGAAGAGACAUUCCCUGGUGCACAAGAAGGACAAGAAAUACAAGUGUAUGGUCUGCAAGAAAAUCUUCAUGCUAGCUGCAAGUGUGGGAAUUCGGCACGGUUCUCGUCGUUACGGUGUAUGUGUGGACUGCGCAGACUCCCAUCAAGGAUCACAGGAAGGUUUGGAUCAAAUGCAGGACAUUGAGUACUCCAGGGAAGAGGACUAUGAGGAAAACGAAGGGGCCGAAGUGGAAGAGGAGCUUGGGGAUGAAAAUGAAGAGCAGAAUGAAAACGAACAGUCGAACUGGGAGGAGGCCGACGCCAGUGACAUGUGUGUCACUUUAGAUGACGACUAACUAGCGAGUGACCCAAACAAUCAAAACUCCAAAGUGCUAUCAAUAAUUGUGUUUAAUGUACCAGGCAAAUUUUGGAAGAUAAAGUGGGAGGUCGACUUCUGAACAAAGGGCCUCUGCAGUAGAUGUACAGAAUUAGGUUUUGGACACUGGAACAAUGGGCCCAUAGUCAUGUGAGCGAGAGAGAGAGGAGCGAUUUUCUUAAAUCAAGAUUUUAGUGAUGUAAUUUUUCAAUUUGGGUCUGUACAGCGUUUUAAUUCAUAAUAUGCCAAUCAUCUUAAAAAGAAAUUUUGUUUUAUUUAAUUUAUGAAAUACUGAUAUAAUGGUCUUAUUAAACAAUAUAAUUUUUUUCUUUAAUGUUUUAUGUUUGUUAUCUUUGUUUUCUUCUGAAAGGAAAAAAAAAUUCCACUGUUACCUGCCACAGUUAGAAAUAUAAUAUACAAAAAAAUAAAAGCUGCUGCGAGUCACAGCACCACUGCUUCUAUUGUUAAUAGCACCCAUAUAGCUCAUGGGACAUUUUCCAUUUCUGUGGGGUGGGCACAUAUAUAUAUAUAUAUUUCUUUAAAAAAGGAGUAUUGUAAGAUUUAUCUUUUUCCAGUUAUUCACUCAGUUUCCCUGGCUAUUCAGAUGUUUCGACUUUUACUUAGUCGGACACGAAAAGCCCCCAGUCCAUAAGCAACGUAUUGAAGUUUCUUUUUUGGCAAAUUAAAAAUUUUUUUUUUUCAAGCCAAGCAAUCAGUUACAAGAUACUCCGCUGUAAGCUCUGUUUUAUUGUUGCAAAGAUCCUUUAAAUAAUCCAAAAAGGUCAAAUCAAGAAUUUGUUAAAUCUCCCUUUUAUCAGACCAAAAUUAGAUUUAUAAGAACUGAUUAAAUAACUGGAAGACUAUAGUAGGAAAUGUGCAUUUAUAGAUGGAUAUAUUCUGGUCUAUUUAUAUUUUAAAGACAUGAGCAUCUUUUACUAUAAAUUAUUAUGCAUUAAUCUUUACCCAAAAUGUGUCUAUAGCUUUACAGUUCUUUGAUUUGUUUGUUAUAUUUAUAUAGACGGUUGAACCUGUGCCAUGUGGAGUUGAUCUAUUAAAAUAAAGAAUGUCCUUUUAGAGUUCACCCUUUUGAAAUGAAUAUGUGAUGCAGCAGGACUUUAAUACAGGAGACCUGCGGCAAAAGAGAAACGCAUUUGUGUGCUUAACAUUUCAACUUUUUAAAUUAAUGAUCGAGUCUAAAUAUUUGACAGAUGUAAUUAUUCCGUGAUUGGCAGAUGACGUUUUAUUGUCACUGGUUUAGUUCCUUCUAGAUUCCUUGGUUAUAUCUAACUUUAAUAUUGACACAUCUGGCUGAAGUAGCGAAUUUCAGGGCAUCAUCCUAAAUACAAUAGAAAUGAGGUAGGAGUUGUUCUGUCACUGCAAGGCACCAAAGAGCACAAAGGUAAUUGUUGUGAAAUGUCCAACUGAAUCACCGUAGCAAAACUGUGUUAGUGCUGCUUGUGUGGGUACUUAGUAGGCAUAUCUGCAGGGCUCCCUCAAAUGUCAUUCAGUCUGUCGUCACAUUGACCACCUGAAGGGCUGUUAAAAUUCGGUUAGUCACAUGUCUGCAAUUAAUUGAAUUUCACGUGAGAGUUGGAUUGUUGCUGCAUUCACGCGCUAUUGGGACUAUUUGGAGCUCUGACUUGUGACGUUCUGUGUGUUCAUGUUGGACUAUUCAGACAAACACCAGGGUUUUUUUUUUUUCUUUCUUCCAAGAGAAGUAACAAAUUAACAAUUUUUUUUUUUUGAAAACCGUAAACUAAACUUCUUAAACAAGUAUCGCUUCACUGCAAAUGCAAUUCAACUACAAAAAUUGCAUUUCUGACUGACUGGGUUAUAUUUUUUAUUGUAUCCAAUUGGCUAAAGUGGGAGGUCAGAGCUCCGUCAUACCUCUGAGAAUUUGGGUAGCUUCGCUUUCUCAGAAUUAUCCAAUUUUUUUUUUUUUUUUUUACGGUAUUGACAUGGAGUUUCUGCCUUGUAUUGCCGGUCUGCCUGAUUAGCAUGUGAACACAACACGUUUAUGUGACACCCAGAGUUCAAACAGAUGGUCUGAGCAACUUCCUCCUUUCAUUCUCUUAGUCUUGGUUCUCUUUUAGUCUUUAAAAAGUGUUAUUGUUUAACCAGAUAAUAUCACCUUUCAUUAAACCAUAUUCAAAAAUCAUUUGGAAUGCUUUCUUCCAUUAAUUUUAGAUAAAAAAAAAAAUCAAAAUUGGCAGAGCACAAGAAAAUAUCAGAGCUGUAUUGCUGUGAACUCGCACCAUGAAGCAUCUCUGUUCAGAUGUGCACUCCAAAGGCUGGAGUGGAGUGGAGUGUCGCUGUGUGGCUGGCUAAUGGAGUUACUCCUUUAGCGCAGUCGUCACGAUCGCUUCUGAGCCACCAGCAGCUACCGCAUCACAUGUCCUUCGAGCGGAGACACUUCAUGGUGCAAGUCCACGACAAUUGCUGUGUACCGUCUGCCGGAUAUUUCUGCGUUUUUCCCACCCUGCCCUGCUCUUUGUCCACUGGGGACCUGCACCUCUGCCUCAUAACUAUCUGCUUGUUUGAUUAUUCCAAUGUGUUGCACAUUUCUGUUCAAAUCUUUUUAACUGUCAGGGGAUGAUUUCUGUACAGAUUUGUAAUAUUCUUAACGUUUUUUUUUAUUAUUAUUAUUAUUUUGGUGUUGCAGCUGUACCAAAUUAAUGUAAUUCCCGUUUUGAUUUACAUUUUUUUAAAUCUUUGUCUAAUUGAGUAAUAUGUCACUCUUGCACUUGAUUUUUAAAUGCUAUUUAAUAUUUCUGUGUGGCUUUUCGCGUGCUAAUAUAUAAUCCCAAAAUGGCCUGCUGUGGCUGACCAUAACCCUGUACUGAAUUACAGCAGGUUCAAAAAAUAAAUGAAUGGAUGGAUGUUUUUGCAAUGUUUAUAGCUUUAUUUAUUUUCUUGUGUUAUGUGGUGGUGCCUGCUUUUGUGUUUUUCUUGUUUUUUGUUUGUUUUUUUGUUUAUUUUGUUUCUUGCAGUGGCUAACCCUAGUUAAGCGGAUUCUACCUUUUUAUACUGUACCAUUUGCUGAUCACUGUGGAGCAAUUCUUUACUACUUCAUAUUGUAUUUUGGAUGGACAAAAUCUAUUCCAGGGUAGGACUUGACAUGCUUGUAACUGUAAUUAAUGCUUUUCAAAUGUUGGGUUUGUUUGUUUCUAUUUAUUUUAAUUGAUUUUAAAUUUGUUUAGCCCUUAUAAACUGUUUACUUGUAUGUGUUUAGGGUUUUUCUUUUUACAAUCAUUGUCAGGAAUUCUCAAACCCCUGUGAGUGUACAUGUUGAACGAUGAAGGUUCAUGGAUCUCGUCUCGUCUAGUGAUUUCAUACUUUUUCAAAGGCAAGUAAUCAAAUGUGAUGACAGUUAUGAUUAACGAUCUUUAACGAAGUGUCAUUACACGACUUUGCACGUGAGCCCCUAAAAUUCAAACCAAAAGUACGAGACCUCCCAGCAGCCACGCCAGUGUCCUUCACUUUCCAAUGUGUCUCAUUCGGGUUGAUGUAUUAAAAGACAGGACGAUGCUUUGAAACAUUCCUGAAAGUGCACACAUGUGCAUUGUCGCUGAAUAAUCAUUUAUGUUUAUUGCAAUUUGUUUUAUUAGAAAGUGAGAGUUCAAUUUCCGUGUUGAUCCUAAUGAUAAAAGCCAUGCCGUCUUUCCUCUCUUCUGUGUCACAGAGCAGCAGCCCUUGAACUGUCUGAAGUUUUUCAUUUACAUUUGUCCUGCUUUAAUAUCGCAAAGAAUCGAUGUUUAGUUAGUUGCCAUUAGACUGCCUGUAGUUUUGAGACAUUUUGUUUAAACUCCCCAGCUGAGGAAAGGCCAAAGGCCCGUUUAUACUUUGCAUAACCCUGAAGAUCCAUCCACGUGACAACUUUUGGCUGUGUGCCCCCAGAUUGUUGUGUCCUGUUUGUGUCGACGGACAACAAAACGUGGACAUGCGUGAAGCGAUUCUGCAUCGGCGAAGUGCCGCACACACACGAUUGGACUGUAAACUGCGGGUGGACGUCUUCUGUCCACAAUGCCUGUUAAUGUUGUGGAGUGUAAACUAGGGAUACUCCGAUCAGGUUUUUGUGAAGGGCUGAUUAUUGAUCACCAGUUUUAUUUUACUAGAAUUGGAAGAUCCCGAUUUGUUGUAUUCAAUUUAUUUUUACACUACGCUCCUGCAUAACCAGCCAUGCAGAAGCCUUAUGUUGGACAUUAAAGUGGUAUUGUCACAGUUCACCUGCAGCCCACCUGAACAAGAUGAAAUUCUGUAGGCCUUCUCAGUGACCACAAAAAAUUCUAGAAUCUUUUACUGGGAUUUUCAUUUUUUUCUUAAACUAAUGUACACCAAAUUUUGAUUCAUAAAACAUGUCAUAAUGGAAAAUAAAAUGCUUGUCAUGAUUACAAGCCGCAGUUCUAAUAAAAUGUUCUGUUUAUUAAGGAGAUACAAGACUAACGUGCGUCCCAAGUUUGCCCCCAAAAAUACUGAAACGUGGCUGUUAUGUUAACAGGCCUGCGGUUUGCUAAGCAAUGAAGAGAAAUUCUUCUUAAUUCUUUUACUAAUUAAAAAUGUUGGCCACUUUUGUAAAUGCAAGCACCCUUUCCAUCCUCACUCGGACAAUUCUGGGAUAAAACACAAAGGUCUUAACGCAUUCAAGGAGUCUCUCUGCUCAUUUCGGACGGAGACCCAACUACCAGGUUGCCGAGGACUCCUCGGUUUAUUCCACUUUCUUUCUUAUAGAAGCCAAUAUUCCUGAAGUUUGUCUGCCUGCUUUCUGUCUACUAGAAGUUCCGACAGCUAAAUGACACAUGCGGUAUUCCUUUGUGAAACUUGAGGAAUCCUAACUAAAUUACUAUAAAAGUUAGAAAAGCAGGCACAGUCUUUCAAAUCGGUUACUUUACCGAACGCUACGUCACUCAGAUAAUCGGCCGAUUUGAGGUUAGCAGCUGACCAAUCGAAGAAUCGCUAGCGGAACGUGUUCAGUUUAUGCUAAACACGCAGAUCCGACGGUUCAAAGUGCAGACCCUCACUAAUACGCCAGUCCUUGUGGACCGGAGGACGAGAAACUCCAAUUUCAAACUUCUUUACCGAUUUUUGUUUACAUUUUUCAAUUGUGUUCCUCAUUACUGUUAAUCGUAGGUUCGUGUUUAGGGAAAGUGCAGCAGUGUGGAUACAAGUGCAAAUAGUUAGAUGGCACAUUUGACGAAUCUUAUUUUAAUGUUAAGAACUUUGUAAACUUUAUAGACAAUAAAAUCAAACAACAAUUGCAAUACACCUGAAAAAUACUUCAAAGAAGUUUAUAUAUUAUAUACCUGACUUUAGGCCUGAAGUGACCGAUCUCGAAUCCUGCAACGCCAAUCCUGAACUUCAAACAAACGUGGAGACGAAUCCCUCAAAGGAGGACUGACACACUGGCCGGUCCGUGUUGUCGGCCAUGACUGGUCUCCUGUAGUCCUUGACUUGUGUGGACCAGGCAGGUCAAUGCUAGUAUGUAGACCCCCAACUUGUUGAUUAUAGUUGUGUAAAUCCAAUUUUUAAUGUUUUAAUUCUGAAAACAUUCAGUUUUACACUAGAUGCAUACGUGUUUAGCAUUUUAUUGUUAGUUUUGUGUUAAGUUUUCAGCUUUAUUUUUAUUUUUUUUGUUAAAUCAAGCACAUAUUUUAUAACGUUGUGUAAUGUUUGUGGGGCACCAGUUUUUGUUUGAAUGCAGUGAAUUUAUUGAAGUGCUACAAUAAUUGUAAAAUUCUCCCUUUAUUGUAUGUGAAUGUGUAAUUUAAUCUGUAUAGAGGAAAAAAAAAAUCUAAAUCUUUGUGUUAAUUUUAUUUACCCAAAUGUCGUGGGAGGAUUUGUAUGCGUCUGUAUAUCUACACGCUAAUAAUGUCCGUCUCUGUCAGUAUGCACACUCAUACAAAGACCCCACCACCCUGACGUCGUCGUCGUCCUUCUUCUUCUUCUUCUUCUUCUUCUUGUAUGUUUGGGUUUUGGGGGAGUAGGGUGGGUUUGUUUGUUUUGGUUUUUUUGUGUUUUUUUUUUCCUUUGUCUACACCAAUGCUUUAUUCCAUCUCUCUUGAUUUGUGUAUAUCAGAUAAAUUAUUAAAUAUUUCUUGUUUUAACUAUAUGCAGUAAAAUGAUUUAAAAAAUAAUAAUCUCCCUUGACACUACACACACGUAGUGGAUUUUCCAGCUGUAUUUUUUUAAACAGUAGAAACGUAUUUUUGGGUGACAAUGCUGUCAUGUACAGUAAUGCAACUGGGUUGUAGUCUUCUGAAAAACACGACUCGAGUUGGGUUACUCCUAAUUCUGGGAUUUUAGAAAUCCCGCCUCCUUGUUUCUGUUUUAAGUUGUAAUACUACUGUUCUGUAUAAUACAUUGAAAAAAACACAAUAAACUUUGAUAUUGCUAA